AUGGGUUGUUUAGCAAUUGUGAAUCUCUUGUUAAGAGUUGUUUCAUUUGUUUGUUUAGCAACUUGUGUCACAAUUCUUACAACUUCUUCUUCUAAUAUGUCUGUUGCUUCAAUAUUUCAUGGUGAAGUUGAAGUCAAGUAUCAUUUUACUGAUUUCUAUGCUUAUCGUUACAUGCUUGCUUGUUCUGGUACUGGAUUUUUAUAUUCCCUUAUACAAACUGCAAUUGCAAUAAUCCAAGCCAAGACUGGAGAUUGUAUAAGUGAUAAACUCGUUCACUUUGAUGUAUAUGCUGACAAGAUAAUGUCGAUGAUAGUGGGUACGGGUGCAGCAGCAGGAUUUGGAUUAACGGUGGAUUUGAAUCGAUUGCCAAAUCAUGCUAUGGUGACCGUUGAUUUUCUUAACAAAGAAAAUGCAGCUGCUAGUUUUUGUCUUGCUGGAUUUGUAUGCAACAUGAUUUCAUCUUUUAUUUCAUUUAAAUUAUUUAAGGAUGAUUACAUGUAUGAUUGCUAA